AUGUCUGUAAGUACAAUAAAUAAUAUUCAACUACAAUUAGGUCGUUUUGGUAUACCGAUAUUGCUUACGCUUGGUAAUGUUGGUAACUUAUUUACAGCAUGGAUAUUGAUACGUACUGUGAAACAACGAGCUAAUCCAUGUGCACUCUAUUUACUUUGUGCAUCACUUGCCAAUUGGAUGAUCAUUAACACUCUACUUGUUGGAACCUAUUAUGGUAUUGAUCAUAUUGAACCUGUACACAAGUCAAAUAUUUUAUGUAAAUUAAGAUGGUAUGGAGGAUAUGUCUUGUUUAUAGCAUCACGAAACUUCAUGAUCGCUGCAUGUGUUGAUCGAUGGGCACUUUGUUCGCAGAAUCCAAAGAUUCGAUCAUUUUCUCAAUCAAAAAUAGCUCAUCGUGUUACUUUUAUCAUUAUCAUAAGUUCGGCACUAAUGAAUCUUUGUUUUUUUUUCUUUUUCGACAAUAGUUCAGGUCGAUGUGCUACUAAUCCAUUGUAUACUUUAGCUUUUACAAGUUAUUCCCUGACGUUCAUUGGAAUUCUUCCUUCAUCAUUAAUGAUUUUAUUUGGCUUUCUUGCUCGAUACAAUUUAACAAAGAUUCGAUUACGUGUACAACCUGUUGAUGGAGAUAGAGCUCGUGGUAUUCAAAUACAUAAACGUGAUCAUGACUUGAUGAAAAUGUUAUUUGGUGAGGUAUUGGUAUUUUGUGUAACGACAUGUCCAUUUCCAUGCAGUUUAUUAUACAAUUAUUUAACAGCUUCAAUUACGUCAAGUAAAACUCCAAUACGAAUAGCUAUUGAAUCACUUAUCAACUUUAUUAUUCAACCUUUAUUAACCUUUACUUAUUGUUGUACACAAUUUUACGUAUAUGCAAUUUUUUCUGGCAAAUUCCGAAAAGAUUUUUUGGAAAUAGUUCAUCUGAAACGAGCAAAUCGCGUCAAUCAAGUAACAACCGUUCAAACAGUUACUCAUAGAGAAAGACAGUGA